UCCAAAUUUUACAAGGAGAAUAGCCGACGUGGCAUAUCAGCAAACAACAUCUAGCCUACAUAGCUACGCUACAUUGCCAAAUAUGUUUUUUUUUAAAUAUUAGAACUUUGGGUAGAUAUUAACAUUAUGUUUUAUAGACUAAUGUUAUCCGAUGAUGCAAUUUGUGCGAUGUGUUGCAAAUUUUCGAUGUAAUGCCUGUCUUAUGAAUAUUACUUACGUUAGAUGAUACAUGGGAGGCGAUUCUCGGAAUUCCGCUUGAAUUUCAAAGGCAGGUCUGGAAGUUAUUUGAGAAGUUCUGGAAGCUUCUGUGAGCUACAGUAUAAAUCAGUUGCAAUUCUUUGACAUCUGAAGAAAAGGGACCGAGAAGAAAGGAAAAAAAGAAUGGACGUUACUGAGACUUUCAUCGCAUUGAAAAAAUUCCAUUGCAUGAAGUGGAUAAAAUGGAAAUAUUUAAUAAGGCAUUUUCAACUCACUAUCAUCAGUGUCCAUGAUUUAAAACUGAAAUUCCCAUUAUCCUAAAUCCUAAAUGGUGGCUAGGUCAUUAUUGUAGGCUAAAUAAUGUAUUUCAUUGGUGUAUAUUUGAGCUCAUGGGAAAGGGCUGUUUUAUAUUAAAUUGAACAUUGCAAACACGGUAGGUAUUGUAGGGAAAUACAGUAUUGAAUUAAAGAUGAAUCUUCUGCAAGAACUAAAAAUACAAAAUCGGUAAGAAGCAUUCAAAUAAACACUUGAUAUUUAAAAUGUAGUUGCACUAAGCAGUUUGUUCAUUAUAAUUUGUGUGUGUGUGUCUGUGUGCGUGCACAUGUGUGCGUGUACGUGUGUGUGCGUGCAUGCGUGUGUUUGCUUCUUUGUGUGUUUGCUUGCAGGCAGAAAGUGCCCACUGCAACAAGCCAUGGCUCUCAGCAUAGCAAUAAUAGCUGCUCUUCUCAGCUUAGUGGUUGCCGAGCCUCUGUCCAAGAAGGACCCCUCUGCCAUGUUAUCAGAGAGCACCAACAACCUGGGCCUCAGUCUGUAUCACAUCAUGGUGAAGGAUGAAUCUUUGAAAUCACAGAAUGUGCUCUUCUCCCCUGUGGUGUUGACCUCCUCUCUUGGUGUCAUGAGUAUGGGUGCCAGGCAGAACACAGCCAGUCAAGUAAAGUCUCUCCUGAAUGUCCCGUUACAUGAGGACAAGCUCCAUCUGUCCAUCUCAGAGCUGCUGGGCGAUGUUAGCAACGAGGCUGUCCGUAACACCACCUGGAAGAUCGGCAGCAGCAUUUAUGGGCCACUGUGGGCCAAGUUAACCAAGGACUUUGUUGAGAAGAGCAAGGUGCACUAUGGACACGACCACACCAAAAUCAACUUCAGGGAAAAAAGAAGAGCCCUCCUAGAAAUUAACAACUGGGCAGCCGAGAAGACUAAGGGAAAACUGUCUGAGAUAACUAGUGAUUUGCCUGCGUCUGAGGGAGCCAUGUUCAUCAAUACCAUGUACCUCAAACCCCACUGGGGUGAGGCUUUCCACCAAGAUAUGGUGGACAGACGGGGUUUCAUGAUGUCUCGGACUCGGACCGUGUCUCUGCCAAUGAUGCAUCGCACAGGUUUUUACAAAUAUUACGAAGAUGCGGCCAAUGAGUUGCAGAUAGUUGAGAUGCCACUGGGUCAGAAGCAGAGCAGCCUGCUCAUCAUCAUGCCUUUUCACGUGGAGCCACUGGAGAGGCUGGAGAACAUGCUGACCACUGAAAAUCUCCACCGCUGGUCAGAGCAGCUGCGGGAAGUAGCCGUGGCUGUGUCACUGCCCAAAAUAGAUCUUGACGUCAAGCAUGAGCUCCAGAAACACCUGCAGCAGCUGGGUUUAGUGGAGGCUGUCGACAAAUCCAAGGCAGAUUUUUCAGGAAUAACAGGGAACAAAGACUUGCAUAUCUCCAGUUUCCUUCAUGCCACAGCAUUUGAGAUAACUCCUGGGGGCAAUCCAUUUGACCAGAAUCUGUAUGGCCGAGAGGAGCUGAAGACUCCCAAACUUUUCUACGCUGACCAUCCUUUCAUUUUCCUUAUUCAAGACAAGAAAACUAAUUCCAUUCUCCUCAUUGGUAGACUUCUAAAACCAAAUGAUGGAAGACAUGAUGAAUUAUGAGGAAUACCCUUAAUAUUUAAGACUGGUGUUGAUUUCUAUUUACUUUAAUUGAUGUACAAGAUUUGAAUUAAACAGACCCAUCUUUGUUGGAUAAAUAAAUGUACAUUCAGCCUACCCAAGGGCAAAGUAUUCACGAAAGUAUCAGUUAAAAUGUAUAAUGUCAAAGAUGUUAAAAUUCCAAGCCCCACUGUCACAAUGUUUUGCUACAAGUCUGAUUAUACCAAUAAAAUGCCUGUCUUGGCCUGUCUCAAUUCUUAA